AUGUUCACCUCUUCUCUCACUUUUCCUCGACGAAUUCCCUCCCGACUGACACGAGCAACGGGGUACCUGAUUAGCAACCCCUCCCCGCGACUGCCCCUCCGCGUUUUCCUACAGCGCACCCCGUUCCUAUUUGUUUCAUACAGUCGUUAUAUGAGCCGUCGUCAGGUUUCCGAUUCUCCUUCUCCCCGCGCAAACAAGAGGCGUCGAAUUUCCACGGCUUCCUCGGAGGAAGCUCGUCCUGCAGUCAUGAUCGCAGCCGCGCAGCAACUCCCAACCAUUGAACUCACACCUCUCGAAAACACAUUCAAAACACUGCUCCUCGAUGUCUGUCAAUAUAUCCAGGAGCGCGACGUAGCAGCUGGGAAGACCAGUGCUGAUACCUCAAACACUGUCCUUCGGUUCACGGGAGGUUGGGUGCGGGACAAGCUCCUAGGAGUGGAAAGCCAUGAUAUUGACGUCGCGAUCAAUAACAUGACCGGUUACCAGUUUGGGAAUCUACUCAUAGAGUAUCUGGAAACUCCGGGGAACCUGGACAAGUAUCGAAACGGCAAUGAGAAGGAUGAAUUAGAGAAAGCAUUCAGCAGUCUUCACAAAAUCGAAGCGAACCCGGAGAAAUCAAAGCACCUGGAAACAGUUACAACAAAGAUCUUUGGCUACGAUGUGGAUUUAGUCAACCUUCGAAAGGAGACUUAUACCGAGAACAGCCGGACACCCCAAAUGGAGUUUGGGAGUGCGGAUGAAGAUGCCUUGCGCCGAGAUGCCACUAUAAAUGCUCUCUUUUACAACUUGAAUGAGUCCAAGGUCGAGGACCUUACUAAAAGGGGGCUAGAUGACAUGCGAGACGAAAUCAUUCGCACUCCGCUGGAGCCAUACCAGACGUUCAAGGAUGACCCUCUUCGAGUGUUGCGACUCAUUCGCUUUGCUAGCCGACUAGGAUUUCGCAUCGACAAAGAUACAGAGAGCGCAAUGCAGCACAGUGACAUUGGUACAGCUCUUAAACUCAAGAUCAGUAGGGAGCGUGUAGGCAUCGAGGUGGAAAAGAUGCUUCGAGGCCCAGAUCCCCGUGGGGCGCUUAACACCAUCGAUCGCCUUAAUCUGUACCCCAUUAUUUUUGCCAACUAUCAGGACGACGCCACCGCAGACCCAUCCUCGUGGUCGCUUGCUUAUAAUGCGCUCCACCGCUUUUUAUUCUCAAAUGAUGAGCCAGAAGCUGUCGGUCGUCUUCGCACGUUGCUCAUCCGUGACUCUCUCCAACAAUAUUAUGCUUGGGUGAUCACCGCAUUUGCUCCUUGGUCUGCUGUACCAACCCGUCCUCAGAAGGGGAAACCGUUACCGCCGCGUAUGGCGGAGGCCGCCCGCGAUGCUUUGCGCUCGGAUAACAAGACGGUGACGAUUCUGAAACAUGCCGCAAGCAACUGGCGCAAUAUUAUCAACGUCAAAACCGAGGUCGUCGAUGAAACACUGCAAGGAACAGCUGCAGAGAUUCGACAACAGGUUGGGCUACAUAUCCGGUCUUGGAGUAUGGACUGGAGGCUUUGUAUUAUCUUGUCCGUUCUACAGGAGAUCAUGCAGGGAGGAGACUUUGCCGCAGUGGUGCAGAGCUAUGAUAAGUUCCUCUCGUACAUUGUAGAACAGGAUCUCCAGGAUGUCUGUGAGCUAAAGCCUAUCGUAAACGGAGGCGAGGUCAUGAGUGCAAUCCCAGCCAAAAAGGGACCCUGGGUGUCCAAAGCCCUCGAGCUAGCGAUACAGUGGCAGCUGUUGCACCCCGAGAUUCAAGACAAGCAAAAAGCACUGGAGUAUCUUGAGUCUAAGAAAGGCGAAUUUGCUGUAUGA